UUUACAGGGACCAGUAAUACCCUUUUUCAAUUUGUUUUAGAUAAAAUCUUUUCAAAAUAGAUUUAAAUAGAUUAAAUAAACUCAGUUUCGAAAUGAAAUACCACACGACCAUCAUUUAUGCAAUUUUGUGCAUGUCCGUAGUCGUCUGUCAAAACGUGGAUGAAAAUAAUAUCGGAGUCGACAAUAUUCGGAGAGAAGUUUUAAAAAUUUUAGCCGGAGAUGAAUUCAAAAAUCAUUACUACAUGGCUGAAAAAGAACAUCUUAAAAAGGUCGGCAAUUGUAUUGAAACUAAGGGACCUAAUGCUAAAUACGACCUAGAGCAAAAAGAAUGCUUCAUUUGCAGUGAUGACAAAUGUUCAGGAAAUCCUGCAUGUAUGGCCAAGUGCAGAGACACGAUGAGAAUUUCAGAGUUGGAGAUUGAAAAUCGAAGCCUACGUGCUGUAAAUAGUGACCUUUAUUUCAGAUCAGAUAUCAGCUUCUUGAUUAUGGGGGCUUUUCUAGUACUGGGAGUGGGAUUGUCAGUUGCAGUAACUUGCAUAUGGCUUGCAACAAGAUGUGACAAAGCGAACCAUCCAGACGGUGAUCUCCACCAGAGCAGUUCCGAGAAUCUGCCUAAAUACUCGACGCCGAAUUCAAGAGAUGACCUGGGCGCAGGAAGAGCAUUUUUACCAAACGGACGUCAAGAACAAUCACCAAUAGAAGAAAAUACGGUUUAAUCUCCCAAGCACACGAAGCUUUCAUUUGACAUUUUUUAUAACGUUGUCCUUCUAUGCAACUAUUUUAAUUUUAGAGCAUCGGACAACAAAAAAAUAUGUUCAGAAAUGAUAAAGACAGAGACAGUGCUUGGGGGCUUCUCAACUCUUUUAUGUUGUUUUGAAAGUAAAACACGAAAAGAUUAAAACAGUGUGCUUUUGGGCUAUAUUUAAAAGAAUUGGCAAUCAUGAUCAACAAAAAUUUUCUGCAUUUAAAAACUUUUAAACAUUACACAUAUUUUAUAUGGUUCCAUGUAUAGUGAAAGAUAGAUCAUUAAAAUCAUUUCAAGGUUAUGAAUAUAAAUUAUUUGUAUAUUCUUCAUUCAUUCAUUGUAUAUAUUUUCUACCAAGCAUUUUCUUU